AUGUCCGACGAUUGGUUUUCUUCCAAGCUCGCCCCGGACGGCGACAUCGAAGAUGGAUGCCAUACCCAAGAAGCACAGGCGAUGAAAGACUACCUGCACCAGAAGACAACUGCAGCCGAUGCCGCUCGAGCCAUCGUCCACCCCAUCUUGACUGCCGACAACCCUGGAGAAGACCUUGUCCGCCUGUGGGCAUUCCUGAUGGAUUCCCUCGUGGAACUACCAGCAGACCACGUCGAGUCAUUGGUAGAGCUGCUCAAGGCAAUCGAGAACCUCUCAGAGCCUGACUUUACAGCUCUAGAUGAGAGGAAGCGGCCCUCUGAAAAGCUAUGGAAGGGUCUCCCGGGGUUCGGCAACCUAUGGGCCGAUUCAUAUCAAUCUGGGAGUUGGAGGAAGGCUGCCACGGCGGCGAAGGGCCCCGAGCGUGACGUGCUGCGAGACGCACACGUCAGGAAGGCAGAGAUUGAGGCGCUGUUGGUCGCGGCUGGCAUCGGCGCCAUCCCAAUUGACUGGGGUUACGAGGUCGUCGCCGACGCCUUGGAGAGCAGCAACGCACUGCUUGAUUUUGAGGUUCCGGCUGCGGCAAAGUGGCUCGUUGUCUGUGGUCAGCGGUUCCGAAAGGGAGCGGAGGAUGGUGAGGAGAGUUGGGCGCUGAAGCCACAUGUAACAGAAUCACCCACGACCCCGUCGCGGGAUCUCUCGAAAGCAUCUUGGGACCAGGCGCUGAGUCUGGAACGAUGGUCGUGGUGGGAAGGACGUCUGAGGGAGUUGCAGGGAGAGCAGAGGGUUGUUCAGGAUGCAGCCGCGACGGCAAUCGAUUUCAUGAGCAAGGUAUCCCUCACCCAAUCAUGA